CAAUUUCUUUGUUGGCUUUCUCAUCCAUUUACGAGCUGUAUGUACAGGCCAAAAGAGGCCUCGAGGCUGUAUCACGGGGCAGUCACACCGCAGCGAACACCCCCCCUCACAAAACUCCUGGAGGCUGGAAAACCACCGAGAUACUUGAAAGCUUCACGAAGUCACUAAAGACGCGGUGCACAGUAACGUGUCCUGUUCAAGGCUAGACGAACACGAACAUCUAGCUACUGCACAGGACUUCCAUCACACGUCUUCCCAGCGAUGACGAUGCUAUCUUGACUGCACCCAUCCGACUGUCAUGCAAUAUCCCCUUUACCAGCGCCCCCGGGAGUCCUUGUUUACUCCGCUCAAUAAUGCUCGCACUACACCACACAUAUCAGCAUCUACUCCACUCCACUGCACCCAAAGCAGCAAGCAAAACCCAAAAACUCACCUCAUCAUCCAUAUGCUUGUAGCACUCCGUCUGGUAGCACAACUCGGCAUGGUUCUCGCAAAUGUACUUGCAGUUCCAGCAGCGGCUGCGCUCGUCCUCGUUCCGGUCGUGCACGAUCUGCGACCUGUCGCAGUGCGGGUUCGGGUCGUCCUUGCACGGGUCCGACUCGCCGCGCACGGGGAGCGAGGCGCGGGCUUGGAUUGCAGUGGCCUUGAGGGUCACGGUGGGGCUGGCAGGAUUAGAUGAUGUGGUUAUUUUGCUAGAGGGCGGAGGAAGGGGGGUUGUAGGGUGGGAGAGUGAUGGGAUGAGAUCGGACGGGUUCGUGUGCGUGUGCGUGAGAGGGGAAGGACGUACAGUGUGAUGGUGGUUGUCCGGGUGUGGCCCGGACGGGCGAGCAUAGCGGCGACGAGAGCAGUGAGGAUGGUGAUGGUCUUCAUGGUGGGUGAUGUGGAGUUGAAGUUGGAGUUGGAGGUUAUGGGAUGCUAACGUGGAAGUGGAAUUGGGAGGUAUGUUGGGAAAGAAGACGGUGCGGCGAGGGCUGGGCUUUUAUUUUCUUCAGGUGUGCGUGCGAACUCAGACUUCGGGGCGUUAAAGGGUGAUGUGAAGUCGUUCCAUGGCUUUCGGAUACUGGCUACGUACUCUUCGAGCCUUGGGUGAGCGAAUACAGCAUAGCGGCUAAGGCAC